UACCUUCUUUUUUUCCUUCGGUGGAGGCCAUGAUGGGAGCCUGAGAGUUCAGCUGGAGCGAGAGGAGCGAGAAAAGAAGAUGAUUCCCCGGGACGGAGCUGUCACACCAAUCCGUGCACAUUCCUGAUCGUUGUAUAGUCUAUAUACAGUUAAGGUGGAGCCUGUCACUUUUGUUCAGAUGUGUUCUUGGCAAUCAGUCGAUGACAAUGUUGAAUCGUUAGGAGGCUUUUGGAUCGAAGAAGGAGGCAGCGUUAGCCAUUGUUGCUAGCGAGCUGCGCUAGCUAGCUUCAUAGCUAGCGAGCUAGCUACGUCUGAGUGACUGAGUGACUGGGUCCGGGUCCGGGUACGGGUUUCGGGAACCGGUGAGUUCUCUGUCCUGUCUUUGUCAAUCGCGGCGGCUGCGAUUGAGCCACCGGCGUGGACUCUGUCUGGCGUCUAAAGGUCUCCCCGAGGACAACUGCAUGUAUUUUAUUCGGGGCUGUUCGCAAGACGAAUCGCAGGAUCGGGACAGUCGGGCCUGCGCGGAGGAGCAGAGCAAGGCCCGUCUUUAUGAUCCAGAGGAAGCCUUUCUAAUCCCACCGACGGCCACGGCUAGCUCUGCUGGCUAGCACGUCUCUGCGAGGGACCUGCAAAACCGAGAGAGAGAGAGAGAGAGGACCCCACCGACUGCGACACCCACGACGAGACGGCCAGUUGUAGAAAAGCGGUGUUUUUACCCCAUUUACCCCGUAGAGACUCCUGUCACCUGCUACAAUGGCUGCGAUUAUAAAAGAAAUGGUCAGCCGGAACAAAAGGAGAUAUCAAGAGGAUGGGUUCGACUUGGACUUAACAUAUAUCUACCCAAACAUCAUUGCUAUGGGCUUUCCAGCAGAGAGACUUGAAGGCGUGUACAGAAACAAUAUAGACGAUGUAGUACGGUUUCUGGAUUCAAAACAUAAAAACCAUUACAAAAUCUACAACCUCUGCGCAGAAAGACACUACGAUGCUGCCAAAUUUAACUGCAGAGUUGCACAGUACCCCUUCGAAGACCACAACCCUCCUCAGCUGGAGCUAAUUAAGCCGUUCUGCGAAGACCUGGACCAUUGGCUCAGCGAGGAUGACAAUCACGUGGCGGCCAUCCACUGUAAGGCCGGGAAGGGCCGCACUGGAGUCAUGAUAUGCGCCUAUCUCCUCCAUCGCGGCAAAUUCCUGGAGGCCCAAGAAGCGCUCGACUUUUACGGCGAAGUCAGGACACGGGACAAGAAGGGAGUAACGAUCCCGAGCCAGCGCCGCUACGUCUACUACUACAGCUACCUACUGAAGAACCAGCUAGAGUACAAGCCGGUGGCGCUCCUCUUCCACAAAAUGGUGUUCGAGACUCUCCCGAUGUUCAGCGGGGGCACCUGCAGGGACAGUACCGUUAAAAACAGGAGCGAGCCGACCCCUCAGGGCUUCAAGAAAGGGAAUUGGCAUUGGGAUCCCCAGUUUGUGGUGUACCAGCUGAAAGUGAAGAUUCACACAUCGAACCCCACUCACACGCGGCGCGAGGACAAGCACAUGUUUUUUGAAUUCCCCCAGCCGCUGCCAGUUUGCGGAGACAUCAAAGUGGAGUUCUUCCAUAAACAGAAUAAGAUGAUGAAGAAGGACAAAAUGUUCCACUUCUGGGUGAACACCUUCUUCAUCCCUGGACCAGAGGAGAGCGUGGACAAGAUGGAAAACGGGGCGGUGAACAACGCAGACAACCAGCAGGGUGUACCGGCACCGGGCCAGGGCCAGCCGCAGAGCGCCGAGUGCAGGGACAGCUGCAGGGAAAGCGGCAGGGAAAGCGACAGGGACAGGGACUACCUCAUCCUGACGCUCACUAAGAACGACUUGGACAAGGCCAACAAAGACAAAGCUAACCGCUACUUCUCGCCAAACUUCAAGGUGAAGUUGUAUUUUACAAAAACCGUGGAGGAGCCUUCGAAUUCAGAGGCGAGCACGUCAACAUCCGUCACCCCGGAUGUUAGCGACAAUGAGCCAGACCAUUAUCGAUAUUCUGACACCACUGACUCUGAUCCGGAAAAUGAACCUUUUGAUGAAGAGCAGCACACGCAAAUCACAAAAGUGUGAACUCUUUUUAAACAGGAAAAGAAGAAAUUAUACACCAGAAAAAAAGGAGAAAACUUGAAUAUAAACUCAAAAGAAGAACCUUUGUCCCUUCCCUCCCCCAGACGGCAAUAGAAUAUCAUCAUGUCAAAUGCCAAUUUUAGGGAAAAAAAGAUAAAUAUCCUGACCAAUAUAUUGUUUUUUUUAUUUUUCUUUUUUUCUUUGGCACGGCCAUGUACCAUGUGCGAGGUAUUGACACUGUUGCCCCAUGGGAAAAGGUGCUGUAGCUAUAAAAAUGUAUUUAUAUAUAUAUAUAUAUAUAUAUAUAUAUACAUACGUAUAUGUAUAUACAUAUAU